AUGCCGCCGCACGUGGCCGAGUCCCCGGCCAAGAAGCAGAGCAAGUGGUCGCCGGAGGAAGAUGCCUUGAUCAUCGAACUCCGGGGGAGCGGCAUGAAGUGGGAAGACAUAUCCAAGCGUCUUCCGGGACGAAGCGCCAUCAGUUGUCGACUUCACUACCAGAACUACCUCGAGAGGCGGAGCGAGUGGGAUGAGGAGCGUAAAAACAAGCUUGCACGGCUGUACGAGAGGUUCAAACCCGAAAUGUGGGCAAAGGUCGCGGAAGAGAUGGCCGUUCCUUGGCGAGCCGCAGAGGCCAUGCACUGGCAGCUCGGCGAGGCUGACAUGGCUCGGCGGGCUGGCGUUGUGCCGUUUUCUCUGACCGCAGUCAACGUCGACCAACCGGGUGCCGGUGGUCAUCGGCACUCCCCUUCCCGCGGUCACAUGCACUCUCAGUCGCAGGGCAGUCUGCCCCGGGACAUGGGCGGUCCCUCUCCACGAUACGGCCGACCGCCACCGGGCAUAUCGCCAAUCCCCGGUGGACGAGCCAUCGCCGCCCGACGCGAGAGCGUUCCAGGAAGACCGCAGAUGGGCCCGGAACCGAACGAGAUGGCGGGCAUGGGACAAGGCGGCCCUGGGCUAGCACCGAUCCAGGGGCUCCCACCGGGCCGAGGUUCCGGGCUACUUCCGGGUGUGGCCGAACUCACGACGGGCGUGAGCCCGUACAGCACCCCCGCAUACGCAAUGGGAGGCAUGCCCACGGCGAGCCCAGUGCCGAGUGCCAGAGCGAGUCCAGGACCGCUGCUUCCCGCUCUCCAUUACCCGCCACCCCACGAGUCGGCUGGUGCCAAGCGACGAGCUAGUCCGGGCACAGAGAUGAUGGGCUCAAGGGAAACGAGUCGGCGACGACACAUGGACCCCCGGCAAGAGGAGAUGGAUCGGCGGCGCGUUGCAUGA